AUGGGUUCAAUCGCGCCAGCGCUUCCGCCUGCAAAGAGCGACAAGAAGCGCAGCUUUACCGUCACCGAGAAGCUCGCGGUCGUCGCCGCGUGCAAAGCGCAGUCGCUGCGGUCAGCUGCGCGGCAGUUCAACGUCGACCGCAACUGCGUGCGCGCGUGGCGUGACAAAGAGGCGGAGCUGUUGGCGCUGCAUCCCACAGCCAAACGACUGCCAGGCGCCGGCCGCCGACGACAGCGGCGGUCGUUGCUGUCGAAUGUUGCACGAAGAACAGAUGGGCAGCACAAUGGGGAGACGAUCGUAUCAGCCAAUGAGAAUCGAGCAGCGCCCAGCAGGAAGAUGAUACCCACCCACGAUCUGAUUACAAUGACAACCACAAUGGCGACCACAAGCACAAGUCCAACGACAAAGACAACUGCUUUGACCGAUAGCAACAAGUACGUGCUCGUGGGGUUCCAGGGCAAAGAAGGAGCAUUCUCUGAAGUCGCGGCCAAGACAGCGUUCGAAGAGCUGCGCCUGACCCAUCCGCACGCGUUGAUGCACGACGAGUUCAUGACGGUCGGCUUUCCCCACACGUCCGACGUCAUGGACGCUGUCGAGCGCAGCGUUAUGACCUUUGGCGUGUUGCCCGUCGAGAACUCGCUCUCGGGCACGUUCCACGGCAUUCUCGACCGCCUCGUGGCUUCUCACUUGAAGAUCGUGGGCGAAGUCAUUGCCGUGCAAGAGCUUUGUCUCUGCGCCUUGCCCGGCGUCCGCCUGCACGAGAUCGAGACGCUGUCGUCGCAUCCCGCCGUGUUGGACCAUUGCGAGCGCUUUAUCUGUGCUAUGGAACGCUCGAGUGGCAAGAUCGUUGCUCGACAUGCAGCGUGGGACAGUGCAGGAGCCUGUCAAGAGGUGCAGCAGGAGCAGAAGCGCCACGUUGCGGCCAUUGCUAGUGAACAGGCCGCACUGGCUCAUGGAUUGGUGGUUCUGGAACGAAGUGUCGGUGACGAGCUUAAUAAUGAGACGAGAUACAUGAUUGUGGGACGACUGGACGCGUCGUCAUUGCCGUUGGGAACAACAGCGGCGACCACGACCAAGUCGAGCAUCGUCAUAGCAGUCCCGAAUGAACCCCAGGCACUGUUCAAGAUCGUCUCGGCUUUCGCUCUCCGUAAUGUGAUGAUUGUCAAGAUCGAGAGUCGUCCAGCGUCGACGGCUGGGCGCCUUUUUGCUGCGCAAACGACGCACUGGGACUAUAUUUUCUACAUUGACUACAUGACAAGUCAGGAUGUGACACAGGAAGCGCGAUUGCGUGCGAAUCUGGAAGAGUUUGCACUGUGGGUUAAAGAUUUGGGCACGUACACGAGCAGCAGCGGCAAAACCAGCGUUGAACCUCCGCGCUGGACGAGCGUGAUGAAUGUCGUUGCGUGCUGA